ACGAAUAUGUGAGUAUAACUAAAAUAUAUUUACCAAUGUAUCAAAACGUGUCAAAAUUAGACACAAAAUGUUUGGUACAACAACUUUAGUAAGCAGGUCAUUCCUAGCAAUUUUGAUAUUAUUGAUAUUGUAUUUCCUUGGAAUGGACCUUUUAUUGUAUUCUAGAAUACAGAAUUAUGAUAUAAGACCAACAUCAAAUGGUACACAAUAUGUUUCUAUCAUACCUUGUGAUUUCAAUCCAUUGUGCACAGUGACUGUAAAAGGAUUAAUGCUUGAUCAUCCAAACUAUUUUCUUCUGAGUCCUCUUGCAGCUAUCAUGGACAAUUUAUUGCACAUAAGCACUUCUUGGACAUGGGUGACACCAAAUGGAAUCAGUUAUUUUCACGUGUUAAUAGCAGUGAUUGCUCGUAAAUGUGUUUCCAGUGAUUCAUUAUCUCAUAGACGCUUAGGUGUAAUACUUUUUAUAGCAAGAACGUGGUUGGAUGAUUUAGAUGGACAUGUUGCUAGAAAAAGGGCAAAUAUUAAUGGUGAACGUUCAGAUGUGGGUUCAACUGGUUACAUUGUUGAUGGUAUUUGUGAUGCUUUGGGUUGUGUUGCUUUACUUAUUGGCCUAUAUCAAUUUCUUGCCCGUAACUCAACUAGACGUGGAGGAUAUGACAAGCUGCCACAACUUCCUGUGUCUUCAGUCCUGGAGCCUGGAAAUAUAACUUUGAAAACAUCAAAUGCAGCGCUUCGUAAUAUAUUACUUAUGACCGUCCAUUUGUUCCUCACCAGUGCAGCCUGGAAUCGAUACAUAUCAUUGUACCAGGAUCUUCUUGAGACUGAAUAUAGAACACCAUCGAUUAGUAGGGAACAUCUUUACGCUAGACAGACAACUAUAUUCAGAAGCUUAUCUUUUUGGAUAAUAGUUCUCUCCUGGAAAUUUAUAAAUUUUCAUUCUGUCAUGGACUACUUGUUGUUGGCAAUAUUUUUUGAUCGCAUGCGAGAAUAUAUCAGACUUGUAAAAUGGUCUUCAUAUAUUAUUGUAUUGCUACUUGUUUAUGUAACUGAAUUUCAUUUUCUACGGGCCUACACAUAUGUGCAAGAUGUACCAUCAUUUAUUGAUGAAGAGAUAUCUUCAUCCGAUGUUUUCACCCAAGGAUGA